AUGAGAUUUUACAAUGAUGUUACAAGAGAAAUGUAUGACUCCGCCUAUGUACCAUUACAAAACCGCUUUGCAACUUAUCUCAAUAGCCAACAACAGUUUUGCUGGGACGUUACAGAGAAAAUAAAAAACAAACUAGAAGCUGUUUUGACUAGUUAUGAGGAGGGAUUGAUCCCAAAAGAGAACAUUAUGAUUAAGAGGAAUUUGGAAAUGCCUACAGAUCCGACUCUUAAAGAUGUCAGUCAUGCUGGUCGAGCAUUGGAACAUAUCAAAUCUACUUGUGCAAAAAGUGAUGAACUUUUAGAAAUGCUGAAGAAACGAAAUCAAGAAUUGUACAAAGAAGAAAAUGAAGUAAAGUGA